UUUUCCUCUUUUUAUCUCUCACGGAGUCAUCAUCUUCAUUCUGCUUCUCCAAGAGGAACUCCCCCAGAAUGCACUCCUUUCUCGCGCUCUUCCUGCUCCUCCUCCUCCUUCCAUGGCGCAGUUUGGCAGCAGAGAGCGACGAUGGGUUCUGCUCGCUUCCUCAAUCCAUCAUGGAGUCAAGCUCGAGGCUUCUCUACUGGAAAGUCACCAACCCAACCCUCUCGCCUUCCCACCUCCAAGAUUUGCCUGGCUUCACACGUAGUGUGUACAAAAGAGAUCAUGCUGUGAUAACACCAGAAAGCCAUGUGUUCAGCCCUUUGCCUGAUUGGAUUAAUACACUAGGAGCUUAUUUGAUUACGCCAGCAAUGGGCGCUCACUUUGUUAUGUACCUAGCAAAGAUGAAAGUGAAAUCUAAAUCAGCUGUGCCCCCGCAUGAUGUUGAAAGGUUCUUGUUCGUAGUUCAGGGAUCUGCUGUGCUGAAAACUGAUUCUGGCAUCAGUCAUCAAUUGCCAGUAGACUCUUAUGCCUAUCUACCAGCUAAUUAUAAACAUUCAUUGGAAUCUGAUGAAACAGCUACCAUUAUCAUUUUUGAGAGAAGAUAUGCCAGCGUUGAAAAUCUUUACCCUGAGCCAGUUAUUGGCUCAACAGAGAAGCAACCUCUUCUUGAAACUCCUGGGGAGGUAUUUGAAUUGAGGAAACUGCUUCCUGCUUCAGCUCCUUAUGAUUUCAAUGUCCAUAUUAUGGAUUUCCAACCUGGAGAGUACCUUAAUGUGAAGGAAGUUCAUUAUAAUCAACAUGGUUUGCUGCUUUUAGAGGGGCAGGGCAUAUACCGCUUGGGUGACAGCUGGUAUCCUGUACAAGCUGGUGAUGCUAUUUGGAUGGCACCUUUUGUACCGCAAUGGUACGCGGCCCUCGGCAAAACUCCAUCAAGAUAUUUGCUGUACAAGGAUGUGAACAGGAAUCCCCUGUGAAAACUAAAAACUAUUUAACUGAUUAUGGUUAACUCUGUUGUAAGAUCUACACUGUCUAUGGAAUGCUUGUGUACAUCCCAUGAUUAUUUGAGUUCUCCAUAUCAAGGCACACUUUUUAUUA